AUGAACUUCUUUCAAAAAAUUGUGGUUGUUCGGGAACCACUUAUACACACCAGUAUAACAGAAAACCAAAUCAAGAAGAAAUUUGAGAAGCUCCAUCAGUUUCUUACUGAGGAAGAGAAGAAACAGAUCAGAUCGCUGCGUAAAGAAAUGGAAAUUAAAGAUGAGAAACUCAAGGCCAGACUAGAGGAGUUGUCCAAACCAAUAUCAGAUCUGUCUGAGAGGAUGGCAGCCUUCUGGCAGGAUAUGGAAGCUGAAAACAUCUCAUUCCUCCAGAAUUACAGCGAUACAUUAAAAAGACUCAAAUGCCCAUCAGUACCAAACAGGACCCCUGUAUUACAGCAAUAUCAGCAGUAUCCCAUUCAGACAGUGAUCUUCACCACAUGGGCCAGAAUGCAGAACCUUGUGGAACAGCCUCCUGUGACUCUGGAUCCAGACACAGCCUCCAAUAAACUGCAAGUGUCAGAGGAUUACACCAGUGUUGAGUAUGUAGAAGAGAAACUGCAUGUGUCUGAUAACCCAAAAAGGCUGCAGGAGGGGGUACUGGCCUCACAGGGCUUCAGCUCAGGUGUGCACUGCUGGGACGUAGAGGUGGGAGAUAGCAAUAACUGGACACUAGGAGUGAUGGGGGAAAUGGUGAACCGCAAAAAACUUUGCAAAAUGGAUCCAAAAAAUCGUUUCUGGUGUUUUCGUAAUGUAGAUGGUAAAUACAAGAAAGGGACAAAACCUAUCAGCGAUUUUGAUAGCAAUGAGAGGCCAAAUGUCAUCAGACUGCAGCUGGACUUUGACAAAGGAGAGCUGAGAUUCAUUGAACCCUUCAGAAAUAGUAGUUUGUGCACCUACACAGGUGGAUUUCCAGAGAGGGUGUUCCCAUAUUUCAAUACUGGAGAUCCGGACUCACCACUGAGUCUUUUCCCAGCAAAUAAACAAAACAUCUAACCCAAAACUAACAUGACAUUUUUUGUCCAAAUACUUUUUGGUGCCACUGUAUGUCCAGUAAUGUGAUUAUUUAAUCAUGCAAUGUUUCCAUAUAAAUGAUGAUGCAUUAAUAAGGCAGAUUUUAAUGUGAUUAUUAAUGUAAAAAGCAAUAAAGACUAUUUGGUGUACCAAAUUUCAAGUAAAAUACAGUGUAGUGAUGUCACCUCUGCCAGGCUGAUUGGUCCAAAGUAAUGGGCUCAACCUCAAACUGGUGGCAUUUCCCCCUUUCUGAUAUUGACAAUACUAAGGAUUGCACAUACCUGCAACACCUGCUCUGAUGAUACUCAUACUUUUUUCUUGCAAUUCUGAGUAAUAGCCCAGAGUGAAGAUGUCCUCCGCCACACGUCCAAACUGCAUCACGGUGUUGUCAGCUGAAAACACGCCAACACACAAUCACAUCAGUGCAUCUGGAAACAGAAAAACAAACCAUCUUGGGCUCGGCAAACCUACCAGUGGCAACUGCCAUCAAGUGACAAUUUUACACAACUCAGAUCUUUUCUCCUACUCCGUGGUCACUGUGGCUUUUGCUGACAUUAAAAUGAUAGUUUGGGACAUUUGUCUGCUUCUAUCAUACAUGGACAGUAAAUAAUCACUAAAUAUCGGUGCACUACACAUAUGUAUCAGUGUAAGAGUUGUCACUGCAUUCUGAAAUUAUGAGUGUACAUUCAACCAAAUGAAGCAUGCAAGUCAGUUACAAACUAACUAGUAGUUGCUAAUCCCUAAAUAUAAAAUGUAUGCUCUAAUUUAAGUAAGAUUUCAUGCUAAGCAGGUGCAGCCACACUAUGUGAACAUUUCCUGGUUGUUAUUCACUGUAAUAUGACAUCCUUGAG